AUGAGAAGAACCUCUGGGAAAAAAGAUUUGACUGAUAACGACAAAAGAGCCAUCGUUGUGGGUCGUCAAAAUGGACUGACCAUGAUGACGUUGGCAGGAAUGUUCGGCGUGACAGAGGCGUGCAUUUCUCAGUUCCUGAAGCGUCAGAAAGCUCAAGAUGGCACUGUUAAGAGCCAACGCACUGAAAGACCACGUGUCAUUGAUCGUAAUGGUGAUAGAAACAUUUUGAAGACGUCUAGAACCAAUCCAAGACUCACCGCCCCUGCGAUCAGACGGGAAGUUUUCUCGAAUUCGCCAUCUCCGCCAUCCGUCUCGACCGUGAAACGACGUCUCAAUGCUGCUGGAAUCAUGGGAAGACGUGCAGUGAAAAAACCGCUGAUUUAUGAAAAGAAUCGAGUCACCAGGGUGAAGUGGGCGAAGGAGCAUCUCAACUGGACCCGUCAAGACUGGAACAAGAUUCUGUCGUCCGACGAAACGGUCCUCCACCAUGUUUCACAAAGGGUAAUUGGUAUUUCGGAUGAUAUCUGGACCCAAUUGGUCUACGAACUCACUGAAUUCCGUCACUUCCGAAGAGGAGGAACUUGCUUUCGUCGGACCACAGAAUCUUGUUCCAGUCUUGACGGGUCCAGUUGA